AUGAUAUAUCGUAACGCUUUAUUAUUUACCUGUUGGACAUUAAUUUAUGGGCAACCGUUACCUGCGCCACCUGGAAUUGAUGUUGGUUUAUUAACUGAUCAAGCACGACAAUUCAUUGAUCUUUAUGGAAUUGCUGCACAAUUGAUGAAUUUCGGUGGUUCAAUUAUUAAUAAUGCAAAAAAUGUUUACGAUUCUGCCGGUUUAUCAGGAAAUAGUGUAUCCGGUGAUUAUAUUCGACCAUCAUUUCAUGAUGAUAGAUUAAAUAAACGAAAGAGUAGCAUUUUUGGCUUAUUACCAUCUUUUGAAUUUAAUGAUCGAACAUACGGUAGUGAUUACGGUUCUGUGCAUCCAAUUAAAAAAAGUGGAAUUGAAACAUUGUUAAAUACUUUCUUAGGACCAACAUUUUUUGGACAAACAACAUUACCACCAGCAACAAAUUUGGCUAAUUUUUUUAAACCAGAUUAUAAUUUAAGUGAAAAUUAUCAUCCAGCAGGUGGUUCAAACAUUGAUCGAAUAAUUAAUAUGCUAAGAAGAAGUGGUGCACAAAGAGCUACACCAAAUCCUGAUAAUUCACCAAAUUUACUUCAAAGUAUUUUUGGAAAAUGA